GAGGAGAAUGAGAAUGGAAAUUCUGGUGGAAAUAUGUCGCACGACGACCCAGGAAAGCAAGAUGGUGCACCAAAUGACAUCAAAAUAAAUAGAUUUGUAACAGGACCUCCCCGUGGCAGAGGAUUUGGCCCUCGUGGACCAAGAGGUCCACCUCCAUUUGGUGGUAGAGGACCCCCUGGCCCUCCCAGGUUCCGGGGUCCGCCUGGAGGUCCACCUCCUGGAAUGAGGGGUCCUCCCCCAGGAAUGAGGGGCCCACCGCCAGGAAUGAGGGGUCCUCACCCUCGAGGUCCUCCUCCGUUUGGACGACCUCCUUUCAAUCCUAACUUUGGGCCUCCCCCUGGAAUGAACCCUGGCCCUGGGCCGAAUGGUAUGCCACCGCCGGGGAUGCCUCCACCUCCUGGCAUGGCUCCUCCACCUGGCAUGCCACCUCCAAACAUGCCUCCCCCAGGCAUGAGAUCACCCAUGAUGCCACCCCCGAACAUGCCACCCCCAAACUUCUCUAUGCCACCUCCUGGUUUCCCUCCAAUGGGACCAGGAUCCCAAGGUGGAGGAGAUGCUAGUCAGGAAAUGUGGGUGGAGACAAAAAGCCCUGAAGGAAAGGUAUAUUAUUACCACUCUCGGACGCGAGUUGCAGCCUGGACAAAGCCAGAAAAUGUGAAGAUUAUUACCCAGGCUGAGCUGGAAGCCAUGGCAGCUGCUCAGACAAACCCUGCGGUCUCCACAGGAACAUCAACUGCUGCCCAAGCAGCAGUUGCACAGGCUCAAGCCACCACACCAAACUUACAACAACAUCAAAGUGUGCCAGGUAGUGAACAGCCCCAGCCAACCCCAGCACAACCCAACCCAUUCCCCGGGCUACCCAACUUCCCAGGUUUUAACCCCAACAUGAUGCCCCCUGGGUUCAACCCUCAGACGUUCCAGCAGGUAGCCCAGCAGGUCCAGGCUCAGGCUCAGGCCAACUCCCAACAGACCCAAGGGCCAGAGCAGACCAGUACAACAGCCCAGCCUCAGGCAGGUGUUGCCGCACACAAACCUCCGCAGGCUCAGCCUCCCCCUAAACCUGCUGAGGUGGCAGAGUGGUCUGAACACAAGAACUCUGAUGGUAGAGUUUACUAUUACAAUUCCCGGACCAUGGAGUCAACAUGGGAUAAGCCUCAACCUCUGGUAGACUGGGAAGUCCAGCUUGCCCAGCUUCAGGCUGCAGCUGCUCCGGCACCUGCAAGUACAGGGGAGAAUGGUCAUGUGAACGGAUCAGUUCCUGAGGCGAUGGAGGAGGAGAGUAUGGAGUCCAGUGACAAGGAAGAAGAGAAAAAGGAAGAGGAAGCAGAGGAAGAGCAAGAAGAGAAGACAGAAGAGGAAAAGGCUGCUGAGAGAGCACGGCCCGUAUCCAGUACACCAGUACCAGGAACACCCUGGUGUGUGGUUUGGACAGGUGAUGGGCGGUGCUUUUAUUACAACCCUAGUCAGAGAACAUCACUAUGGGAGAGACCUGAGGAACUGAAGAACAGAACAGACGUGGACAAGAUGGUACAGAUGCAACCAGAAGGCAAGGAGGAGGUUAGCGGUGCAGGCUCUAAGAAGAAGAGUGAAGAUGAGGUUGCUGAGGGUGAACCGUUAUCCAAGAAAAAGAAAUUAGAAGAGGAGGAGACGAAGAAGGAGGAGAAGUCUGUAAAGGAAGGAGGUCCUCGACAGAUUGACGCCGGGAGGGAGGCGGCCAUGGAGGCUGAGGUACAGGCCGCGAGGCAGAGAGCUAUAGUGCCGCUGGAGAUCCGCAUGAAACAGUUCAGAGACAUGCUGCAGGAGAAAGAGGUUUCUGCCUUCUCCACAUGGGAGAAAGAGCUCCACAAAAUCGUGUUUGACCCACGUUACCUGUUACUGACGUCCAAGGAACGUAAGCAGGUGUUUGAGCAAUACGUGAAGGAGAGGGCUGAAGAGGAGAGAAGAGAGAAACAUCGUAAACUGAAAGAGAAGAAGGAGGCCUUUAGACAGCUGCUGGAUGAUGCCAAACUUCAUGGAAAGUCGUCAUUCAGUGACUUUGCAGCGAAGUAUGGCAAAGAUGACCGUUUUAAAGGUAUUGAGAAGAUGAGGGAGCGAGAAAGCAUCUUCAGUGACUAUGUGUCAGAUCUUCGCCGUAAAGAGAAAGAAGAGAAAUCCAGCCAGAAAGAGAAGCUCAAGGCAGAGUAUAUCCAGCUAUUGAAGGAGACGCCAGGGUUGAACCGAGACUCGCGCUGGAGCGAGACAAAGAAGAAGAUCGACCAUGAUCCUCGCUACAAGGCUGUCGACAGCAGCUCGCGGCGAGAAGACUGGUUCAGAGAUUACGUCAAAAAUCUGGAAGACGAAUCUGAUGAAGAAGAUAGAAAGGAGAGAGAGAAAAAGGAACGGGUUGAGGCGAGUUUGAGGGAGCGUGAGAAGGAAGUCCAGCGCACCCUGUCCACAUCCCUGAGGGAGAGAGACAAGGAAAGGGAGCAGCACAAGAAAGAUGAGGCUGUCCAGCACUUCAAAGCUCUCCUGGCUGAUCUGGUGAGAAAUGCUGAGGUGACCUGGAGGGAUGCCAAGAAGCAGUUGAGGAAGGACCACAGGUGGGAGCUGGUGGACCAGCUAGAGAGAGAGGAGAGAGAUAAGCUGUUUGAGGAGCACAUUGACAACCUCAACAAGAAGAACAAAGAGAUGUUCCAUAAACUACUUGACGACACUCCGGAGGUAACAUUUACCUCAGCCUGGAAGGAGGUGAAAAAGUUGAUCAGAGAUGAUGCCAGAUAUUCCAAGUUCUCAUCGAGCGACAGGAAAAGAGAACAUGAGUUUGAGGAGUACAUGCAUGAGAAGAUGGUUCAGGCCAAAGCCGACUUCAGGGAGCUCCUCAAAGAGUGCAAGUUGAUAACCUACAAGUCCAGGAAGCUAAUUGAAGACACAGAUACUCACUUCAAAGAUAUAGAAAAGAUAUUACAGAAUGACAAGCGAUACCUAAUCUUGGACUGUGUGGAAGAUGAAAGGAAGAAAAUGCUGAAUGCUUACAUUGAUGACUUGGAGCGUAAAGGACCGCCCCCUCCUCCCACGGCCUCAGAACCAUCUCGCCGAAGUUUAAAGUAGUAAUCACAACCUUCAUCAAAGUAGUCACUCCAAACUCAGCCCCUCUAGGCAUGCUUGUCUUAUUCUACACCAGUUAUCUCCCUUUGCCUUUUUGAUAUGGCUGCGUUUUCAUGAAGUAUUAACUCCCUGAUCUUUGGUUGUGCUAUCGUUGUUUGUAAUUUUUGUUAUGUCCUGUAUUAAUGCGAAUCAUUCUUUGCGAUUUCAUUAUCAAGCCAUACAAAUGUUCAUAGUUCAGAAAUGUAUGAAUGUCUCGUUUUAUCUUAUGUAUGCAGCAAAUUAUGCUAGUCUCAUCAAUGGGAUUCAAGUUUCUGUGGAUUUUAAAUCACUUCGGUAGAACUGAUACAGUCAAUGUACAUUCCACCCCUACACAAUCUUGAUUGGAUUAUACAUGUAUGCUUGUUUAGUGAUUGGACUGGGAAUUUUUAAUUCUUGUGAGUAUGUACCUUGGAAAUUCUCCUCAGAAGUUGGAGAAGUUCUGUUAAGUGCUCACAGUGUUGUGGAUUUUAACAAGAUUAGUUGUGUAAGCAGUUCUGCAUGGAGAAAAUGGAGACAACAUUGAGAACUAUGCCAGUCCUUAAAGUUAUACUUACCGGUACAUGUAAUGUUCACAAACUUUUUAUCAUGAAAUAAAAAUAUUGAUA